ACACAGCCCAGUCAUACGGUAGCCGGUAGUAGAUAGCCAUGCCCCAGCCCUAGCCCCAGCCCUAGCCCUAGCCCCAGAGAGGAGUCCAUCUGCAGGCCCUGACGCUGGGAGCUCCAGGGUGGAGGGAGUGCGGCAAGGCGAUCGGCCCAGCGAGGACGCAGUGUGCUGGGACACCAGAGAGAGAUGAGUCCGGAGCACAGCUGGAGGAGGGGACAACUCUGAGACGGACUGACUACACACUCCAACAGUUACCACUGCAGGAUACACACACUCCAACAGCUACCACUGCAGGAUACACACACCGGGAGGAAACCAGAAGGAGAACCAGAAGGAGAACCAGAAGGAGAACCAGGACCUGCAGAGGUGUAACCAAGACCUCCAGGGUAGAAGCAGGACCUCCAGGGGCAUGCGAGGGCUGGCGUGGGCUGUGUGCACCCUGCUCUGCCUCUCCCUGGCAGGGGGGAGCCAAGGCCGGAGACCUGGGGAGCAGGCUGGCCCCGGGGGGAGCCGGGGGGGCAGGGAGACCCUACUCAGGACCAGGAGGUCGGCUCUGGACCCAGACGCCAAGAAAUGCUCCUACACCUUCCUGAUCCCAGAGCAGAAGAUCACAGGGCCGAUCUGUGCGAGCUCCACGGGCCCGGAGGCAGACAAAGAGCGGGUGACCCGCAUGGACAUCUCGUCCGUGCAGGAGGUCUUGGCCCGGCAGCGCAGGGAGCUGGAGAACCUGCAGCUGGUGGUGAACGUGGACGGGAACAUGGUGACGGAGAUGAAGCUUCUGAGGAAGGAGAGCAGGAACAUGAACUCCAGGGUGACUCAACUCUACAUGCAGCUGCUGCACGAGAUCAUCAGGAAGAGGGACAACUCCCUGGAGCUAGCCCAGCUGGAGGUCCGCAUCCUGAACGUCACGUCGGAGAUGCUGCGUCUGGCCUCGCGCUACAAGGAGCUAGAGGCUCGCUUCUCUGCCAUGGCGGGGGUGGUGAACAAUCAGUCCCAGCUGAUCACCACGCUGGAGGAGCAGUGUAUGCGGGCUGGGGGGCGAGGAGAGCUGCCCCUGGUGCCCCCCCUGGUGCCCGUGGUGCCCGAGAACCUCCCAGUCAACAGCCGCUUCACCAACGAGAUCCAGAGAGACCACUCCAGGGCCUUCACAAGAGGGUCCCGCAUGGACUCCCCCACCGCCAGCCCCUAUGGUCUGGCACCCCCUGUGCCCCAGGGCACCCUCAGCUCUGACGGGCCAUUCAGGGACUGCUCCCAGGUGCGAGCGGCGGGCCACAGCACCAGUGGCAUGUACCUGCUGCAGGCGGGGCCGGGGGGGGGGGCCGGGGGAGCAGGGGCAGGGGGGCUGAUCCAGGCCUGGUGCGACCAGACCCUGGACCACGGGGGCUGGACCGUGCUCCAGAGACGUCGAGAUGGAUCAGUCAACUUCUUCAGGAACUGGGAAAACUACAAGAAGGGUUUUGGGAACAUCGACAGUGAGUACUGGCUGGGUCUGGACAACAUGUACCGGCUGUCCAGCCAGAUGGACUACAAGCUGCUGGUGGAGCUGGAGGACUGGGUGGGGAAGAAGGUGUAUGCGGAGUACAGCAGCUUCACCCUGGAGCCUGAGAGCCAGGGCUACCGCCUGCGUCUCGGGGCCUACCAGGGCAACGCUGGAGACUCCCUCAGCAGCAACAACGGCAAGCAGUUCACCACCCUGGACCGGGACAAGGAUACCUUCUCAGGUAACUGCGCCCACUUCCACAAGGGGGGCUGGUGGUACAGUGGGUGUGGCCAGACCAACCUGAAUGGGGUGUGGUACAGUGGAGGCGUGUACCGCAGCAAGUUCCAGGAUGGCAUCUUCUGGGCCGAGUACGGAGGAGGGUUUUACUCUCUCAAGACUACACGCAUGAUGAUUAGACCCAUCGACUGAGCUGGAAGCUCCCCUCCCCCUCCAGCCCCCCCCUCCCCCUCCAGCCCUCCCCCAGCCCUCACCUCACCCCCAGCCCUCUCCUC